UUGUAGGCUUGCAUACAUCUUUUUUUCACUUUUAAUAUUAUAUUUCUGUUUAAUAGGCAUUGCGAAUGAGUCAGGCGUCCAUGGGUUACACUGAUACUGGACAAAUUAUAAACCUUGUUACGAAUGAUGUUCAAAAGCCUGAAGAGGUAAAACUUAUUUGACAGUAAACCCAAGUUUGUUUUGUUUAAAAUAUUUCGACAUCAAAUGGUACUGUAUAUAAACUGCUUUCGCGAUCUAAUCCGAAUGACGUCAUUGAACCCACUGAGUUAAAGAUAUCAGAGUUUACAAAGUCUGGCCUAUGUCACCGGCCUUACUAUAAGAAAGGUCUGUGAACUUUGGCGGGAUUGCUUGUUCUUGCGUAAAUCAAAUCUCAGUUUUGGGGAUUUAAUUUAUAUUUUGGUAUGUUACUCCAUCUAUAACUAAAAUAUUUAAUCGUUUAUACACUGUUCUAGUUUUUGUAGCUUUUUAAUGUCCUAACAUCGAAAUAUAUGUGAUUUUGAAUGAUUUGUGAUGGUUAAUGUAGGUUAAUCUUAAGGCCUUGUCACACUAUUGUGUAUGAGAGAAACAUGAGAAGCGUAUGAAAAUGAGUGAAAUAAUUUGAAAUGCCCGCGUAUGAGUACCGUACAUCUGGUGUACCUCUAGCGUAUUCAGCGUGUGCCUAGAGUACGAUACGCAAUAGUGUGACAGGGCCUUUACGUGUGGCCAACUGGAAUUUGACAUUUUCGUGGUCACAACAAAUUUUGGGAUAAAAUUGUUGAAAGAUGAAAAAAUGUUUGAGGGGGGCAGUGGUGACGGCACUUUUCACGGAUCCCCAGCUCAAAAGGGCCAGCCAAAGCAAGAAGGCCCUUAAAACGUUUUGACACGAGAUUUCUAUAAUCAUCAAAGAUUACGAAUAAUGGCAUUUUGGAUUUAUUCCCGCUUCGGGAUAACUGAUUAUUCCGCGUCAACCCAAAUUCUAUUUUUACUUUUAGGCUGUGCUAUUUAGUCUGUUCUUGAUUCCUGCACCAAUUCUCCUUGUGGUCACCUCCUACCUGUGCUGGCGAGAAAUUGGGUAUUCAUUUCUUCCUGGAAUAGGUGUUCUUUUCCUUUUACCUGCUUUACAAACUUGGCUCGGGAGAUUUUAUGCCUCUUUCAGGUAAGUUUCAAGUUAGGUAUUAUAUUAUGUGGUAAGAGUGAACGUGAACAGCAUUCGACAAUAUGAGCACUUUACAUCAUUUUUCUAAAUGCAAGUCCUUUUUGAGACAAAAUUCAGGUACGAGGCAGUCUACAUACUGUCAUACAGACAUUUACCACCAAAUAGGCUUCAUGAAACUGGAAGUAAUUUGCAUCAUCAAAAUGGAGUAUUCUUCCACAACCAUAGGCGCCAACUGCACAUGCCAUCAAGCGCAAUUGUUUAACCAAGUUUUCGGUUUACACAGCGAAAAUGAUUUCAUUGAUUUGGCUGCAUGACGCUAGCUAGAUGAAUUUAUAUUCAUCGGUGUGUUAUGAGCCAUGAUGCACUAUUCAGUGCAUAUUACCUUGUGAUGCAAGCCUUGUAAUCCCUUGUGUUCACAAUAUAAAAUAAAUAUAUUAGGUUUUUUUCAAUACUUCAUUGUAGGGCAAAGACAGCUGUUCUUCGUGACAAAAGAAUAAAGGUUAUGAAUGAAGUAAUAUGUGGUAUGAGAGUUAUCAAGAUGUAUGCUUGGGAACAUCCAUUUGCCAAGCUAGUUGGUAAGAUUAGACGGUACGUAACCUAAUUAUUAUUCAAAAUUCUUCUUUCCACACCCACUUCUUAUAGCAUUCCAAACCAAGGCCCUAUUUAAAUUUGUGUCAGUAGUGAAACAAUCUAGAAAUGACGGGUUCAAGUCUUGUGUGGUAAUCCUGCCAUUCCAUCUGGUGCUGUAUAGUACAAGCAAGAAUAUAAACAUUGUUCUCUUUAUAAUUUUAGGAAGGAGGUUCAAAAGGUUCGGAAUACGUUAAGGCUGAAUGCGGUGAAUGCCAUGUUCUAUCUUGCCACUAUUCCAUUGGUUUCAGCAGCAAUGUUCAUACCUUACGUUCUGACUGGACACACGCUCAGCAGCGAGAAAAUGUUUACAGUUGUCUCAAUUAUUUCAUCAGUCAAUGUUGUGACAUCAGUGUUUGUACCAAGGAGCAUUAUAAGUCUGAGAGAAAGUGGUGUUUCAUUGGAGAGAAUAAGGGUAUGCGUGCUUUAUGUUUCAUGUGGUCAAUGAGUGAUCGUAAUUUAAUGUCGAUUAUAUAAGGUGUGAUUGCGGCUCAUUGCCUAAGGCCUACGAGUUCGAGACACAGGAAAUAAUCAACCUAACUCUACUUUCAAGAGUUUUCAAGUACAGGGAAGUUACCCAUCCUAAGCAAAUCCUCGACCUAUACUGGCUUAAUGCAGCGGCCAUUUACAGCGGUAACUGCACCUACCACUCGUAGCUCACCAAUGUAAUGUUCAUGCAGAGUAACCAGAUGUUCAAACAAAGUUUAAAUCUGUGAGCCUCUGUCAAAAUAUAUUCUGGUUCAGGUGCAUG